GAAACAAGCAACUCAUAUGUUUCACAACCUGCCCAAAACUCAGCCAGCCAUCUUUUGUGAAAAAUCAUUUUAUUUCGUGUCGUCUGGGUAAAUUUCGCAAUUGUAAUUAAUGUCAGAGCCACAGUCUUCGCUUUUGUUAAAAAAGCAGCUAGCAGAACUGAACAAAAAUCCGGUAGAAGGUUUUUCUGCUGGAUUGAUAGACGACAAUGACAUAUACAGAUGGGAAGUCCUUAUCAUCGGUCCACCGGACACCUUAUAUGAGGGUGGUUUCUUCAAGGCACACUUACAUUUUCCAAAGGAAUAUCCUCUGAGGCCACCACGGAUGAAAUUUGUUACUGAAAUAUGGCAUCCAAAUAUUGAAAAAAAUGGUGAUGUUUGCAUAUCAAUACUGCACGAGCCAGGCGAUGACAAAUGGGGUUAUGAGAAAGCGUCAGAGCGGUGGCUACCAGUACACACAGUGGAGACUAUACUUAUCAGCGUCAUCUCAAUGCUGGCUGACCCCAAUGACGAGAGCCCUGCUAAUGUAGAUGCUGCGAAAGAAUGGCGAGAGCGAUAUUCGGAUUUCAAAAAGAAAGUUGCCAGAUGUGUUAGGAAAAGUCAAGAAGAUUGCUUUUAGGAAAGGACGGGCAGUAGUAGUUGGCAUACUGUAUGUUGGAAAAGGGCCCUAUGACACUACAGUACCGCCAUGAGACAGCCACCCACACACCCGCAGGCGCCAUGCCGACACGACACGCCGACACACAACCCAUACAACACAAGUAGAACCGCGCUCAUUCUGCUUCUCUUUACAGAAAGAAUGGAGAGAAUCAUAUUCGGAGUUUAAAAGAAAAGUAGCACAGUGUGUAAGAAAGAGUCAAGAGGAUUGUUCCUAAAGAAACAGUGCCCUUUUUCAUUGAUUUAGUUGGAUAGAGUGAGUGUUUGGUGACGCACUAGGACAAUGUGGGCUCGUGCCGCCCCAGCCCCCACACCCGGGCCAGAGACAAUAUUGAAAUUGAUUUAAAAUAAAUACUUAUUGUAAUUAAAUGGUAUUGUAAUUACGGUAAAGUUGCCACAUCAAAUAAUAAAUUUAAAUAGAAUUUGAAGUCUUUUUCAUCUUUUUUAAGACAUGUUAGCUAGCUAUUAUUAUUAUAAUAAAAUGUGUAUUGUAAUUUUUGAUAGAAAAAACAAAUCUGCAUUUUGUUCUUUUACUUCCAUAUACUUUGUUGAUCUCUGUAUAGUAGAAACCAAAUGUGAAGUGAUUUAACAAGAUUUAUUUAUUGUGUUGUACUACAUCUCACAUACAAUCAUAACCGACUGUAACAAAACUUGUAGCAUUUUAUCAAAACUGAAAUAUUAAAAAAAAUGCAAAAGCUA